CCAAGACGAAUCUUAAUGCGGAGGAGAAAAGAAAGGUGUGGAACGGAAUGGCUGAGUACACCAAGAAUGUCAUUAGAAAGGUGGAAGAGGUCUUGGAGAGGUUAGAAGUGGUGCGUUUUUCCGGAAGUGAAGUGGUUCUUUAUGAGGAAAAAGAUAAUCUGAUUCAGAAGUAUCAUUUGUUGGUAAAAAAAUUGCGCGAGGAAAAAGAAACUAUUUCGCGGCAGAUGGAAAAAAAAAUAAUGAUUGUGACUCCUCUUCGUCAAAAGACAGUCAAGAGCGGUUAUUGUUAUUUUUGUGAUACCAGUUAUGAGACUGACUUUCCUUAUAAAUUAAAGGUCGAAGAGCAAAAUACGUUGGGGAUUGUGAUUCCUGAAGGAGCAGCUUUUUGUUCUCAAGAGUGCUUGUUAAAUCACUGUAAGGAAUAUAAAAAUCGCGAAAAACUGCGCCAGGCGGAAGAAAAAAGAAAUAAAGAAAAAAUUGCUCAAGACAAAAAAAUGGUUACUGAAAUUCAAGGACGAAUGGCCGAUUUGACCGAAAGAAUAAACAGGUUAGAAAGAAGAGAGUGA